UUGUAGCGAUGGUUACUUUGUAUAACGCUUGCUAGGGCUCUCAAGCAUCGAUAUUGUCCCUGCGCGGGGACAAGAUCGCCGUUGAACACUCGGAAGCGCGCCGAUGGAUAUAGAUGAUGCAUAUUGCUGCCGACGCAGGGAGACGGUAUGCUAUGCUACACUCCGAGUACAAUUCUGAUCAUGAUUGCGAUGGAUAUAUAAAAGGAUGGCUCCGCAGGAUGAGCCAGGUUUCUAUUCUGCUAGUGCAGUGGAGUUUCUUCGGAUCACUCAGUACCUGAAGCAGCCAUUACUCUCAAAAUGAAGCUUUACCUUGCGGCGACCGCUGCGCUUUCGACCGUCACGUCUGCCUGGCCUCUGUUGCCUUGGUCAACUCAAGCUCCACCUCCCGCGGGUACUCAGUUCUACCAACUCCAGACCAAAUCGGCCACAACAGCAGUCAAUAACCAGUGGGUGACGUUGAAAACGGGCCAGACCUCUUACACACUCGGGGCCCAAACAGUAGCUACCAAAUUCUUCCUCAACCAGUACAAGCCCACUGGUACCUACGCUAUCCACAAUGCAGACGAUACACGCCAGAUUGCUCUGCAAGGGCCCACUGGAGUGCUUCUCUACCUUGUGGAUGUGACCAACCCACGGACUGAUACCAUUCCUGGAGGCCAAUUGAUGGAAUGGGCGACGUUCACGACCGACAAUAACGUCUUAGGAGUCAAGGACGGGAGCACGCUCACGAACAGAACCUUUGUUGCUGUGAAAAAUAGUGGUGGAUAUGGUUUGGCUUUAUACGAUGGCGCGAGCAACACCACUGAGACUAUUUCUCCCCUCACCAUAAGCGUUGUCAAGGUCUAGAUCUCGGAGGCUGGAUACUGCAGUGUCUUGGGUAUAGAGAAGGU